UCUGAAUCGGAGCUAAAAAAACGGUUUCAAUCCAAUUAGAGUCAAUGGCGUCGCGUAUAUGUCUUCUCCUUCUCGUUGUGUUUCUCGCCGGAGCAUUUGCCGGAGACGUCAUCGAAGUCAAUAAAUCUCAGAGGGAGUUCGAUUAUUUCGCUCUCUCUCUUCAAUGGCCCGGAACCUAUUGCCGUGGAACUCGCCAUUGUUGCUCCAAAAACGCUUGCUGCAGAGGCUCCGAUGCUCCAACGCAAUUCACAAUUCAUGGGUUAUGGCCUGACUAUAACGAUGGUUCAUGGCCUUCGUGUUGUUAUCGAUCUGACUUUAACGAGAAGGAGAUUUCAACGUUGAUGGAUGGCCUUGAGAAGUACUGGCCUAGUCUCAGUUGUGGUUCCCCAUCAUCAUGCAAUGGUGGGAAAGGGUCAUUUUGGGGUCAUGAGUGGGAGAAACAUGGGACUUGUUCUUCUCCUGUUUUUCAUGAUGAGUAUAAUUACUUCCUUACCACACUUAAUAUCUACUUGAAGCAUAAUGUCACGGAUGUCCUUUAUCAAGCUGGCUAUGUUGCUUCCAACAGCGAAAAGUAUCCUCUAGGAGGUAUCGUAACAGCGAUUCAGAAUGCAUUUCAUAUCACCCCUGAAGUGGUAUGCAAAAAAGAUGCAAUCGAUGAAAUACGUAUAUGCUUCUAUAAAGAUUUUAAGCCUAGGGACUGUGUUGGUUCAAAAGAAUUAAUGUCGAGAAAAUCAUGUCCCCAGUACGUAAGUUUGCCGGAAUACACACCAUUGGAUGGUGAAGCUAUGGUUCUGAAGAUGCCAACAGAAAGAGAAGCUCUUUGAAUUGGAAUUUGGAAUAGAUGGGAGCUUUGUUAUCUUCUUAGAGGCAAUACAUACAUGUCUCUGAUGUUGUAAUUUCACUACCAAAACCUAUAAAGAUUGGCUUAUUUCGUUCUAUUGGAUAUGAAUCAUCAUUACUGUAAUUCAAGUUUCUUUCUAAUAAUGUAAAAGAUCAGAAGAUCCGUAAGAAGAUUCAAAUUAUAUCAACAUCUGAGUUCUGUGAUAA